UCUUUCUAGUUCUCCUUUCUGCUCCUGAACCUGCCGCUCCGCCUGGGAGCGGCGGGCGGGGCCGAGUCCAUCCGGACCCCGCUGAGGCCCGGGGCCUGGUGGCUCAGUCCUUUGCGGUAGCGACAUGCGUCUCCUGUUCCUGGCGGUGCUGCGGCCACACACCGGCAACGCGAUCACCGCCGAGCGCCUGCGGGACCACCUAGAAGCUGCCGGCCACAUGUGUGUUCUGAGAGAUGCCUUUGACUUUGAAAGCCCAUCUGACGUUGCCGAGCUCAUCGCGGCCGAGAACCUGGAAGCAGCGCUAGCCCUUCACCUCUACCGAGGAGGCAGACUUCUGCAAGGUCAUGGCAUUCCUUUUGGGGUCAUCUUUGGUGGAACUGAUUUAAAUGAAGAUGCCAAUCAUAAAGAAAAAAAUGAAGUCAUGGGGAAGGUUCUGGAAGAAGCCAGGUUUGCCGUGGCUUUCACAGAGGCAAUGAAGGACACAGCGCAGAUGCAGUGGCCACAUGCUACUGGGAAGAUCUUUGUCCAGAGUCAAGGAAUUGCAACGAUACCAAAUGUCAACUUUAACUGGAACACCUUCCUCCAACAAUCAGAGAUUGACCAAAAUGCAGACAACCUGUACGUGUUCCUGGUAAUAUGUGGACUCAGGCCCGUGAAGGACCCUCUGUACUUGGUAGACGUGUUCUCAGAAUGGCAUCAAGAAGAGCCCAAUGUUUACAUGAUGAUUGUAGGUCCUGAGGUGGAUCCAGCGUUUACCAGGGAAGUGAAAGACCGGGUGAGGAGGGCUGCAGGGGUGCGGCUGAUCCGGGAGAUGUGUCAGGAAGACCUGCACGCGGUGGUGAAGAGCUGCUUCGCGCUGGUCAACAGCUCAGUCUCCGAGGGCAUGUCAGCCGCCAUCCUGGAGGCGAUGGAUUUGGAAGUUCCCGUGCUGGCUAGGAACAUCCCUGGGAACUCGGCUGUGGUAGAGCACGGAGUCACGGGACUGCUGUUCACAACCCCUCAGGAGUUCAUUCAGUUGGCAAAGAGACUGGUCAGUGAUCCCGUGCUGGAGAAGGAAAUCGUGACCAAUGGAAGGGAGUACGUGAGGACAUACCACUCCUGGCAAGUGGAGAGAGACACUUACCAGCGCCUCAUCGGGAAGCUGGAGGCCAGCUUGGAGGAUUAAACGGUUGAAGUCUGUGCUUCCCACGUCUGUCCCAAUAACCACUGGGUACUCAGCUCUGGGUAGAUGCUGAAAGAUGGGACCCAGUCCUGGACUGCUGAAAUCCCUGAGUCCCCAGGAGCAUCUCCACCCCCAACUCUCAUGUGUGGCGGACACAGUUCCAAAAGUGUUUACAGCUCCAUCCCGGAUGGGCUUGUAGCUCACUCCUGAAAGUGAGUUUAGGGUUCUGUCCCAGAUGUGCUUACAGCUCAGUGCAGGUGAUGGAGGUGCAUCUCAGGGGCCUCUGGGCAAGUCUUCCGAGAACUGCUUUUAUGACUUCUGGAAGCUAAUUUUUAAGCAUCCAACAGGGCAGACCUUUCUCCUGCCUUCAGAGUGACCUUUGCCUGUCAUUGCCAGUUCACAAAGAAGAAACGGAAAAGCCAGGACUGUCAACUGAGUGGAACUGGCAGCAUUUUUGAUAAGAUCUUGAUCUGCAGCCCAUCUUGGGGUCCUGAUGAACAUGUGGGGGCCCAGGUUGUGACUGGCAUGCUAAUAAGCCCUAGAGAGGCUUUGAAUGUGUUUUAUCAAAACAAGUCACUCCUCAUGGGUGCAGCUGAGGGACACUUGCCAAAAGAGGCCCGCAGGUCCCGCCCACCUGUAUCACAUCACAGGAAGCCUGGAAGAUGAUUGGAUGGCCCCCAGGAUGGAGGCUAGGACCUUGAAUUCAGCCUGGGCCCUCUUCCCUCUUGCCUAGGGAACUGAGGGCAAGUGCUGACUAAGUCACAAGACUCCAGACAACGGUGGGACCCCAGACCGUGACAGGAGGUCCCUGGGGUGUGGGGAUGUCAGCCUGGGGUCUUUCAAUGGGAUCUCCCCACAUCAGCACUCCGUGUUUCCAGUGCCCUCUUGCCGAAUUCCAGCUGGGCUGCGCUACCGUAAACAGGAUAUGGAAUGACCGCCUGUGCUAAAGCGAGCAGCUAGGAGGAGCAGCUAGGGAGGAACAAUGCAGCCACACAGGCAAAGAAAGUGCCAGACUCUGGAAGGCAUGGUGUGUGUGUGUGUGUGUGUGUGUGUGUGUGUGUGUGUGUGUGGACUCGGCACCUGUACUGUCCUCGUUUCAACUUUGAAGGCACAUCCUGGGUCUUUUGCUUUUCUACAGGAAAAGAAAAAAAGAAAAAGGAAAGA